AGCCGGCGUCCGACGCGAGUGCUCAAUGCAUAUUUGCUUGCGUUUUCACUGGCGAAGGCUGUUCUAUGAAAAUGAGGAAGCCUGAUGCAACCCUUGGUGAUUGUUGGUAGCAGCGGUCGCGAGCGCGAAACAGUCCACAUCCGGCGCACGUCAGGACCCGAAGGUCUAAAGCAAUUGCCUAUAAAUUACCUCAGAUUGUUCUUAUCGGACCAGUACGUUUUUGACAGCAGGCGGUCAGUGCGUCUCCGCGAAAAUGAAUUGCUUCUUAGCGAUAACGUGUCUUUUGGCUGUGACGGCAUCAACAAAGGCCGAUGGGGGAGUCGGAUUGGAGGGGCUUGUUUAUGCCCCUGGACACGCUUCUGCCGAUUAUUAUGCGUAUCCAAGGUAUGCAUUUGAAUACGCAGUGAAAGAUCCUCACACAGGAGACAACAAAGCGCAGUGGGAGAAGAGAGACGGAGACGUAGUCAAGGGUGCCUACUCAUUGGUGGAGCCUGACGGUAGCCUUCGAGUAGUGGAAUACUGGGCAGACGACAAGUCUGGCUUCAACGCGGUCGUGAAGCGCGUUGGUCCCAACCUGCACCCAGUGGUAGCGCCCGCCCCGAUCUACAAAGCACCCAUCCCAGUUCUGGAGAGCCACGGACCUAUUGCACCGAUCUCCGUUGGACCCAUAGCGAAAUACCACGGCCUGGCCAGCGCUCCACUUAUCACAGGACCAGUCGGGCCAGUCUUGGGAGGACACGCCAUUUCCUCUGCGGCUGUGUACAAGCCAGCUUCAGUCCCGAUCAUCAAAGCUCCAGUAGCCCCUAUUCUAUCCGCGCCUAUCUUGCCAGCUCCGAUUGCCCACGCUCCGAUCGGCCCGGCCCCAAUCGCUCACGGACCUAUUCUAGCGCCGGCACCAAUUUACAAAUCAGCACCAGUGCUCGCUCCUCUGCCGGGACCUAUCCUAUCUGCGCCUUACGGUUUAUCGUCUCUGGGCGGCUGGGGAGGUCUCUACAAGGGCGGUUUGGGAGCUGGCUACCUGGAUGACCUAGGUCACGGUCUGCUGAACAAGGGAGGUCCCAUUCUACCGCCACUAGAUCUUGGCUACGGCCCCGACCUGGGAUACAAACACUAAGAAACCAGCCUGCAUGCCUGACGUACUUGUUAAUCUAUUUGCCGCUACCCGUUCCUUUACUUUUCCUCCCCCGAAAAACGAU